GCGAGAGGACGUGUUUAUUGCUGGUGUGGAGCUGUUUCCCAGAAACAUCGCAGCUGCCCGGGUCUCCUCCUCAAACGUGCUAAAAUCGGCGUGAAAGAGUCGCCCGCGGUGCCGUAGUCGGUGGAUUUGUGCGAAAUUGCUGCUGUGGCGAUGUCGGACUCCACCGUGUCGCCCACACGAAGCCACCACAACCGGAGACAGUUGCGCGAGAGGAAACAGAGAAAGCUGUACUCGGAGGAAUGGGCUCUGGCUGACGAUGAGUACGAGGGUGGACGUGGAUUUAGUGUUGCCGAGAAGCUGGAGUCGCCACGCUUUGCGCAGGCCGGAAUGGUGCGUGAGAUGCAGGGAUCGGACUUGACUGUUGCACACUUGCAGCAGUACGGCUUCAACAUUCCGCUCCUGUUCAAGGAGAAGACAGGACUGGGACUGCGCGUGCCAUCGUGCUUCUUCAGCAUCAACGACGUGAGGAUGUGCGUGGGCAGCAAGCGAGUGCUGGACGUGAUGGAUGUGAACACGCAGAAGAAUCUGGAGAUGACAAUGAAGGAGUGGCAACAGUACUAUGAGGAUUCGGAGAAGACGCGCCUGCUGAAUGUCAUCUCGCUAGAGUUUUCGCACACGAAGUUGGACAAUUACAUCCAGAGUCCGGAGCUCGUGAGGCAGAUCGACUGGGUGGAUGUGGUGUGGCCGAAGCAGCUGAAGGAGGCGCAGGUGGAGGGCACAAAUUCCCUCAAUGACAUGAUGUACCCGAAGGUGCAGAAGUACUGUCUCAUGUCCGUGAAGAACUGCUACACGGACUUUCACGUGGACUUUGGCGGCACUUCGGUGUGGUAUCACAUACUGAAGGGCAGCAAGGUCUUCUGGCUGAUUCCGCCGACAGAGAAGAACCUCGCGCUGUACGAGAAGUGGGUGCUGUCCGGCAAGCAGUCGGACAUCUUCUUUGGGGACACAGUGGAGAAAUGUGCCAGAGUGUAUUUGACGGCGGGAAACACAUUCUUCAUCCCCACCGGGUGGAUUCACGCUGUCUACACGCCCACAGAUUCUCUGGUCUUCGGCGGGAACUUCCUCCAUUCCUUCGGCAUCGUGAAGCAGCUGAAGAUUGCCCAAGUGGAGGACUCGACGAAGGUUCCCCAGAAGUUCCGCUAUCCCUUCUUCACUGAGAUGCUGUGGUAUGUCCUGGCCAAGUACGUGUACACUUUGCUGGGACGCUCUCACUUCGACGGUGAGUCCGAUCGUGUGGAGGAGCUGACCGGCAGAGUGCACAUCCACCUCACGCACUACGAGUUGUUUGGGCUGAAGGAAAUUGUCAUGUACCUCUAUGACUUGCCACCGAACAAGAAGAACGUGCCGGACUUGAUAAAGGAUCCUGUGGCGCUGAUCAAGGAUGUGAGAACGCUGGUGGAGAGACACUGCAAAGACAGUCCUGAGCUCGCCAUCACAGGACGUCCAGUGUUGAGGGCAGAACCGAGCACUGCGGACUCCGCCACGAUCCAUCAGCAUGGUGAUUUCCUCCCGCCGAGCGCCGCGGCCAAUCGCGCUGGCCCGCGAGGACCGUACAAGAAGCAGUCCUUCCCUCAGGGCGUUCAGCAGCGCUCCCAGCCGAAUCAGAACAACUCCGGCGGCCCGAGACGACGCCGGACGCGCUGCAAGGCCUGCGAGGCGUGUCAGAGAUCGGACUGUGGGGAGUGCAGCUUCUGUCUGGACAUGGUGAAGUUUGGGGGACCAGGACGCGCCAAGCAGACGUGCAUGAUGAGGCAGUGUCUGCAGCCGAUGCUCCCCGUCACGGCGCAGUGUAUUUACUGCCACCUCGACGGAUGGCGUCAGACGCCGGUGGCACCACAAGCGAAGCUCCAGGCCUCCCUGGAGGGCCCAUCGUCGCUGAUGGAGUGCUCAGUGUGCUACGAGAUCACGCAUCCGGACUGUGUUCAGCGGCACGCGCCCAACAUCAGUGGAAUUGUGAAUGAGGAUCUGCCCAACAGCUGGGAGUGUCCGAUUUGCUGCAAAUCCGGCAAGAACACGGAUUACAAGCCACGUCACUUCCGUGCUCGUCAGAAGUCAUCGGAGAUUCGUCGAAUGUCCAUCAGCAGUGACGCCUCAUCGGCUGUGGAUCACAAGCCAUCGCUGGAAACUCACGGGGAUUUUGGUGGGAUGUCUAGUGGAUCAGAUUCUGAAACACCUGGCAAGUCUACAAUCAGGAAGUUGGGAGUGAUCAGUCCGUCGAACAGCUCCAAUACGCCGAUAAAGUUUGAGAUAAAGCAGGAGCACGAUCUCAAUUCGCCGACGCAGGAUCACUUGAGUGGCGGGAGUAUUGUGAAGCGGAGGAAGAGCGACGAUGGCCAGAGCAUGUGCAGCAGCAUGCAUGAGUCUGUGGAGACGGUGGAGCACAGCGUGCCCAGAAAGAAGUCCUCGCUGAGGACGCAGUUGGCGCAUCAGAUCAUCAGCUCGUCCACGAAGGUGCUGAAGAAGCCUGUGUACGUGGUGAGGCCGGCGCAGGCGGGAGGAACGACUCCCUCGCCGACGGGACACUAUGCGCUGGAUCCCACAUGCUUGCUGGCCAUAUUCAGAUAUCUGGCGCCCGAGGCGCUGAUCACGUGCUCGCUGGUGUGCAAGAUUUGGUCCACAGUGUCGGUGGAUCCGUCGCUGUGGCGUCGAAUGAACUGCGCUCAGUACAAAUUGUCUGCCAGUCUUCUGACGGCAAUCGUGAGGCGACAGCCUGAGCACUUGAUCCUCGACUGGACGAGCUUGGCGAAGAGGCAGCUCACGUGGGUGAUUGCUCGGAUUCCGGGACUGAAGAACAUCAGUCUUCAGGGCACGCCAAUCCAAGCGGUUGUUGGCCUGCACACUUGUCUCUGUCCACCGCUGCAAAUUCUCGAUCUCAGCUUCGUGCGGGGCCUCAAUGAUUCCGCCAUCAGGGAGAUUCUGUCGCCGCCCAAGGAUUCGCGGCCGGGAUUGACGGACUCCAAGUCUCGACUGCGGAAUCUGAAGACACUGAAGCUGGCCGGCACGGAGAUCUCAGACGUGGCGCUGCGCUACAUCACCCAGGGACUGCCCUCACUCCUCACCCUGGACAUUUCGUCGUGCCAGCGAAUCACGGAUGCGGGAAUCUUUCAGAUCGGCACGUCGACGAGUGCCAUAAACACACUGGUGGAGCUCAACGUGAGCAGUUGCAAGCUCGUGACGGAUCUCUCGCUGGAUUAUUUGGAGAAAUGUGAGGCGCUGACGCGUCUCGACCUGAGGCAUGUGCCCCAAGUGCCCACCCAAGCUGUGAUCAAGUUUGCAGCCAAGUCGAAGCACAAUCUCCAUGUGCAGGACGUUAAAUUGGUCGAUAAGCGAAAAAGUGUCGCAUAGAUUGUGUAGGUAUAUUCAUUUUACCUCCUGAAUCAAUCAAUUUGCAUUUAAGACAGGUAUUUUAAGGAUAAUAUUAACACUUAAGUUUGAAAUCAAGAGUAAGCGAUAAGGCAAGGCUUUGGAGGAGGUUCAGUGGAAUUGUGGGCUUGAUUGAAAAGUUGGAAAGGCUGAUUAUGUGUCAGUUAAUAAACUUAUAAAAAAAAACAACCUCACAUUGCACUGAACCGAUUGUAUUGUGUAAAAUAAGGGAAAAUAAGAUUGUGCGUCUGUGAAUUUCAUCACAGGACUGUCAGAUUUAGCGUUUAGAUUAUGAAGGAUUUUAGCUUUUUGUCCCUCCUGACAUUUGGCAUUGUCGCCAAAGGGUCACAAAGUCAGAUUAUACGAGGAAGAGAUGUUUCAGUAGUCACACGAAUUAAGCAUAAAGUAUAACAAUAAAACAUUUGCAGUGCCCAUUAAUUCCGCCGCGUGUCUGUAUCUGUGUUGGGGUGCGAAAGGGAGCAAUGAUAAGGUUUAUCAGUAGUUUCUAGAUCCGCAAAUUCUAUACCAUAGAGAAGCGCAUAUAAGCGAAAAGAUUAAAAGUGUAAUUGUAAUUUAUAGGCAUAGAGAGUGAAGCAAGAUUUAAGUCUUUAAAUAAAAUUUUAAUGCGAAGAUAAAACCAAAGAUAUAUAGUGCAGCAUAGAUAAAAGAUUUUAUGAGAAAUCGUAGUAGGAAUUAUACAAGAGAAAAUCAUUUUAUGUGUAGACAUUCUAGCAAAAGGCACUGAUUUGCAAUUUACUUCGUCGUCAUUCAAUUUUUGUCCUUCAGUUGAAUGAUAAGAGUAUUUUACGAUU